AUGGCAACAAUCCCGGCAGGAUAUAUUUUUGGCAUGGGUAAUCCGUUGUUGGAUAUGUUAUGUAGCGCUGAAGAAGAACUGCUUAAAUCUUACGGUCUGGAAACAGAUAAUGCAAUACUGGCUGAAGCAAAGCAUAUGAGUCUUUACACGGAAGUGAUGAAAAGACCUGAUGUAAGAUACGUUGCUGGAGGAUCUACGUUGAACACAGUUAAAAUGAUUCAGUGGAUACUGGAAAAACCAUUUUCAUGUUCAUACGUGGGAUGUGUAGGUGAGGACCAGAUGGGCAGACGUAUUGAAAAUGAAUGUCAAGCUUUGGGACUGACAACAGAAUUUCAAGUCACAAAGAAAUCUGUAGAAACUGGAAAAGUAGCAGUUCUAAUCAACAAGAAAAACCGCAGUAUGGUUACUCAUUUGGGGGCAGCAUGUGAUCUUUCUGUGGACCAUAUUAAACAGCCACACGUUUGGAAACUCGUGGAGAGGGCACGUGUGUACUACAUUGCAGGUUAUGUAAUAUCUUCUUGUUAUGAAGGCAUGCUUGAAGUGGUUAAACAUGCAUUGGCUUCCAGCAAAAUGUUCUGCUUCAAUCUGAGUGCUCCUUUUUUACCUCAAUUCAAGACUCAAGAAGUGGAUGAAAUGAUAGCAUACGCAAACAUUGUUUUUGGAAAUCAUUCCGAAGUGCUAGCGUAUGGAAAAGCCCAUGACCUUUCUGAUUCAACAGUACAUGGAGUAGCUCAGUAUAUAGCCAGCAGACCGUUUGCGGCUGAAAAGAAAAGUAAUCGUUUAGUCAUCAUUACACAGGGCAAAGAUGCCGUCGUGUAUGUUGAAUCUUCUGACCUAAAGGUCAAUGAAUUCCCAGUCAAUCAGCUGGACGCCUAUCGGAUUGUGGACACAAAUGGCGCUGGAGAUGCUUUUGCCGCUGGUUUCAUUGCGGAGUAUAUACGAAGCAACAUGGGUAAGAAAGUGAAAACAGGAAAGGCUAGGAAAGAUAGGUUCUACUUCCUUGCCAAAGAGAUAGGGUUCAGAUCGAGAGCGGCAUUUAAGUUGAUUCAGUUAAACCGUCGCUUCAAAUUUCUGAAUUCGUCGAAAGUGUUAAUUGACUUAUGUGCUGCUCCUGGAGGUUGGCUGCAAGUAGCAGCCAAGGAAAUGCCCGUUGCCAGUCACAUUAUUGGUGUCGAUCUUGUACCCAUUCUGCCUAUCCCGAAAGUCAAGACGUUUAUUGCUGAUAUAACUUCUGAUAAAUGCAAGCAGAUUUUAAGGAGUGAGCUAAAUGGGUUGAAGGCAGAUGUUGUUUUGCAUGAUGGUGCUCCGAAUGUUGGAACUUCAUGGUCCAUUGAUGACUAUUCUCUGUCUUAA